GAGAAGGUGGAAGAGGCAGCGCCUAACCCCCCUUUUACCGAGUCUGUCAGAGCCGAGGCCUCUCCCUCGUUCCCUUCACUCUGCCCGGCUCCAGCCAAGACCAGCCAGCCCAGGCUCUUCCACCGGCUCCAGGCCCCGGUAGUGUCAGCGGCGAUCCCGCCACCGUUGCGAGCCACCGCAGCUGAUUCUUCCUCCGGGGGCGGCUCCCCGGCCCUUCCGGUCACAAGGCCUGCUGACAGACAAAACUCCUCCCGUUGACUGACAGGCCGAAGUAAAGACAGGGAAAGGGCGUUUUAAAAACAACAGCGCAAUCCUAGGCAUGCCUCCCCAGUGGAGUCAAUGGGACUUACUCCCAGGUAAGCGCCAGGGGAUUUUUCAGCCUCAGGGAGAUCCCACGGAGUUCAAUGGGGCCUCCUCCCAUAGGAUUCCAGAAAGCAGCGAUAAUGGGGAAGGGCUAACAAGGGGAGUAUGAGAGCGCUGUUCCAAAGCGCGCCUUGGCUUGCAGUCUGUGGUAUGAAGGCAGCCGGAUCCUGAUGCAUACCUACACCGCAGCGUGUGUUCAAUGGGGCCUGUUCUCAGAAAUUGUGAGCAAGCGGGAAACCGCUCUCAGUUUAGCACAAGAAGGAAUGCUCAGGCAGCCAAUCAUAUUCGAGUUCGGAAAGAUGGCGGCGUUCGGAGCCCGAGAGCGCUCUGUGGGGGAAGGGGGCGGCGCGCGAGUGGGCUCCGAUCUCUUGCUGCACCCGGAGCUGCUGUCGCAGGAGUUCUUACUGCUUACCCUGGAGCAGAAGAAUAUCCCAGUUGAAGAUGAAGUGAAGAUCAAUAAAGAUGGCCUUACUGAUCUUUAUGUUCAGCAUGUCAUACCAUUGCCUCAGCGCGAGUUACCAAAAACUAGAUGGGGAAAAGUGAUGGAAAAGAAAAGAGGCCAGCAAGUGUUGAAACAUGAUGUCAAAAGAAUUGCUCCAAUGGAAAGUCUAAGGAAACGACCUCUCAUUGUGUUCGAUGGUAGCUCGACAAGUACAAGCAUAAAAGUGAGAAAGACAGAGAAUGGGGCUAUUGAUAGUCUAAAACUCCUAACAGCUGAAAGUACCAGUACUACUUGUAGGAGCAGUAAAUGCAUGUCUGCCUUCUCUUUUUCACCGGACGUUAAAGUGCAAUCUAGGAUUGAUGAAGCCAAGCAGAACAAUAUUACAAUCAAUAACAAAAUGGCUUCUGGUCAGAAGUCACCGACAUUGGUGCCUUUAACAGGAACUACUGUUGUGAAAUUAAAGAGAGCUGCUCCAAAAGAAGAAUCUGAUGCAUCAAAUGGUCUGAAGUCUCCUGAAUCCAAAAAGAAGAUCAAACCUGUAACCUGGCCAUGAAUUCAUAAGGCACUGGAAAUGUAAAUAACGUUUAGCCUCCAUUUCAGAACAGAUGAGUCAUAUUGAACAGGGUUGCAGACUGCAGUGGAUUCUUCAUGUUAACAAUUCCACAGUAUAAAGCAGGCACCGUAUGCUCACCCAUCACCUUAAGAACAUUUUCUGCAUUGCACUUUGAGUCAUUUACUUCCCAUUUUAAUUGUUGGCUUUGGUGGAACAAUAUUUUUCUACCAACCCUUUUUUGGAAUUCUCAAGUGUACUGUAGUUCAGCUUUUGCAUGAUCUGAUAGAGAAAAGCCGUGUGCAUUUAUAACUAUUCAUGUUCAAGUGUAAAACAGUACUGAUUUUUUUGAGUAAAUACAAAACCUUAUUCAAGUGUAUUUAAAUGGUGUGGAAGACUGUUUCCUUCUUCUUCUGGACUUCCUGUGAUAAUUAAGUGGCUUUUGCACAAAACUGUUCUGUUGGCAGAGCAAGAAAAAUAUUUCAAAUUCUUGGAUGCUAAUACCAAGGGUCAGAUAACUUUUCCAGCCUUGCUAUUACUAUUAUUAUUGCCUCUUACAGACAUAGUGGAAAAAGCUGAACUGUGUAACAUCUUUGCUUCAAAUUGAAGUUUUUGUUAUAAUUGAAGAUAAAUCAAUUUCUGUUGUCUUUAAAGAUAUACAGAUGGAAACACGUUAUAGGCUGUGUACAGAGUAUUUGAGAGAGAGGUAGUGCAUGAACUUAUGCUGUGCUUUGGUACAGUACAUGCCUAAGUAUUUUUCAUAAAAUACAUGUAUAUUUGUGGAUGAUUUUACUUGCCAGCCUAUAACAUGCCUGCUAAAAUUCUGGAGAAAAGCUAACACUCAUUUAGGCAGUUUGAAGAGAUGAGGAUGAAGUUGUACUGAGACUAAGCAGUUGAAGUUUUCAGCAACAAAAUAAGGUCUUGCCUCUUUCUUAUCGGAAUAAAUGUGGUAGAUUUCUUUGAAAGCACACGGAUUCUCCCUUGUAUGAUGUAAAACCCAACCAGGCUGGGUAUAAAUGGUAGAAUCGUGUUCUAUGCACAGAGUAUGAACUCAGUAGUACUUACUUCUGAGUGGACAUGCUUAGGACUGCACUCUUGCUGUACAACAUCCACUAGAUCAUGAUCAGAGAUUUUGAACACUUCAGAAUAGAAAGAAUGGUGUGUUUGAAGUGUAUUUGAGUUUCCCUCUUCCUUAACACAUGUGCAAGUUUCGUACUUUAGUACAGCGAAGUCUAAUUUUGUGUGUUUUGUAACUGAGCUGUUUUUUCAGUAGCCUUAUCUAAUUUAAAUAAAUUUAUUAAAAAUGUUAUCUUAAAUUGUGUGGCCCAUCUCUGUA